CUUUGGCAAAAUCUGUAUAAAUAUAUGAGCGAUUUACAAAAAUGUUUCUAAAGUUAGAAAAAUUCAUGUACUUCUGAAGGUACAGUACAGAUACAUUCAAGAAGUUUUGCUGUAACUUUUUUUAAUAAUGUGCAGUGUUUUUAAGACUUAAACUCGCUUUUUUUUAAAUGUUUGAUAAAAGAAGGGAGAAAAGUGAAUAUUUACAUCCCUAUUUUCUACGUCAAUAACUAAACGGGAUAUUUUAUUUUGUAUCACUUUUAUGGGACAUACAACAUGCAUUAAAAAUUAUAAGUCAACAAAAGCGUAUAAUAAGGUACCUAAUCCUUUUGCGUAUGCCACUGGCAAAAUCGAAUUAAUAGUAUUUUCAGGUGAAAAUAAACAGAGAUUUCAAGAAAACAUAAAAUAUCUUCAUUUAGUCAUUGAAAUAGAAGAUAUGGUGCGUGAUACUUGAUUUAUUGAUUAAUACCUGUUCUACCGUAUUAAUUAUUUUUUAUAACACGUCACUCGGCGCGUAUUUAGUUUCAUUUUUUCAAUAUUAAAUUACAUCCGAGAGUACCUACCAGAAAAAUAUUAGGUAUACGUUGUAACAAGUCGGUCCAUUAAGUAAUAAUUACAUAUAAAAAUAAAAUAGGUAUUACCUAAUUGGUACCUAGUCCGUAUCCAUAAAGGUUUUUUAUUUAAAACAGAAUACGUAUCUAUCUAUCUACAUUCGUUCUAAAACAAAAACUAAUCAGUGCAAAAUGCCGAACGUUACUAAUUUGGUUAUUUUAGUGAAGGAAAGCUUAGAUCUUGCAAUGGAAAAAAUCACCACUAAUAUAAAGCAUAGAAGGAAAAAUAAUUAUAAAUCAAACAGGAUGUCUGAUGGUGAAGAAGGUGAUAUUGAUGAAGACAAUGAGGUGACAUCUGAUACUUGCGUAUUACUUAACAGUGGGCUUUCCUCAAAGACUGAUGUACUUAUUAAACAACAAGAACCGCUAUGGGUAACAGCAAUGCAGAUGUUUGUUCCUUUUCUCCUUGCCGGUUUUGGAAUGGUAGCUGCGAGUUUAUUACUUGACAAAGUUCAACAUUGGCCAGUGUAUCAAAACGUCACCGAAGUUUACAUAUUAGUACCUGCUCUUCUAGGUUUAAAAGGAAAUUUAGAAAUGACCCUGGCAUCUCGACUAUCCACCCACGCUAAUCUGGGUCACUUAGACACUCAGAAUCAGAUGAUCAGCUUAAUUACAGGAAAUCUUGCCUUAAUAUUGUGCCAAGCCAUUGUAGUGGGGUUUCUAGCUUCAGUGGCUGCUGUUAUUUUUGGUUGGGUACCUACAGGAGAGAUUAAUGUCAAACACACUCUCUUGUUAUGCGCCAGUAGUAUUGUUACAGCUUUUGGAGCGAGUUUUAUUCUUGGUUUUGUUAUGGUUGGGGUUAUUAUAAUUUCAAGGUACUUUAAUAUCAACCCAGAUAAUGUAGCAACUCCUAUAGCUGCUAGCUUAGGAGAUUUAACAACUCUGGCGUGCCUAUCAUGGUUAGCCUCUAUUUUCUACCACACUAUGGACACUCAUCCAUAUUUAACUUCCAGCUCUAUAGUUUUAGGUUUACUUAUGGUGCCCAUUUGGGCUUGGAUAGCCAGCCGAAAUGAGCAUACUCACAAAGUACUCUUCAGUGGUUGGAGUCCGGUGAUUACAGCUAUGAUUAUCAGUAGUAUAGGAGGUUUAAUUUUAGAUUUCACGGUAUCCGAAUUUAAAGGAGUUGCAGUGUUUCAACUAGUCAUUAAUGGAGUUGGGGGGAAUCUUGUUGCUGUUCAAGCGAGCCGGAUCUCAACAGAACUUCACAGUAUUGCACAACCAGGGCGUUUGCCACAUCACAUGCAAGUUUGUAUGAGUCCAUGUUCAGCAUUUUGUGAUAAAAAGGAAACGAGUCAUGCUGGUACCGCUCAGAUGCUUAUGCUGAUGGUAAUACCUGGCCACUUAAUAUUUACUUAUACAAUCAGUUACUUAGAAGCAGGUCAUACAUCUCUUACAUUCAUUUUUGUAGCGGUGUAUUUGUCCGCUGCGUUGUUACAAGUAUUUUUGUUGUUAUAUAUUGCCCAAAUUAUGACUUUGAAUAUGUGGAAACUUGGCAUUGACCCUGAUAAUUCAGCUAUUCCUUAUCUAACAGCUUUGGGAGAUUUAUUAGGGACUUUACUUCUUGGAAUUGCAUUCCAUUUCCUCUACAUCAUUGGAGAUAGGGACAGUGAUGUUGGAGAUUAAAGUCUUCAAGGAUGGACUGUUCUGUUUAAAUGCCAUACUCGGGGCCAUAUACUUAGAUAUUUUGUGAUCCUGUUUUAUUGUACAAAUCCUGUUGGAAUCAAAGAAAUUGAAAAUUCUAGGUGCUAUUUAAUAAUAAAUUUUUCUAUUAA